AAAUCCCUCAACCCCGCCCCCUUGUGCCCGGUCAGGCGGGACCACCGCGGGACCCCCGCUCCGUGCAGCAGCAGCAGCCCGCUGGCUCCGGCCCAGACGCCGUGGAGCUGAAGGGGGCGCACAAAGGGGGAGCAAGACAGCUAGUGCAAGUGAAGAAAAAGGAGUGAGUUUAUAAUCUGUCUCUGACAUGCGAAAAAGUGCAGCAUGCUCUCCUCCGAUCCGGACUCUGCGGAGGACACGGCGGUCAACGAUGCUCCCACUGAGGCUGAGGAAGAGGAGCAGGAGGAUGAGCAGGACUCACCGGCAGAGAGUGAUGCCCCGGAGGAGCAGCGUCCUGUGAAGCAGUCCCUCGGUGCCUGUGUGUGCCGGGAGUCCCAUUGGCGCUGCCUGCUGCUCUCUGUGCUCAUGUACAGCUGCCUGGGCGCCGUGGCCUGGUGCCAGCUGACCCGGGUCACAAAAAUCAGCUUCAAUUCGGCCCUCACCUCCUCAUUCUCGGCCUCGUUCACCUCCUCCCUGCGGGGCGCCUCUGGGAUGGGUGUCAACGGACACUCAAUGAUCUACCAUGAUAGCCCCUGCUCUGACGGCUACAUCUACAUCCCUCUGGCCUUCCUGCUCAUGCUCUACGUCUUAUACAUGGUGGAGUGCUGGCACUGCAGAGCGAGGAGCGAGCUGCAGAGCAAAGCAGACGUGGACAGCGUGUACGAGCGCGUGCUGAGCAUGAGACAGGCCCAACCCUGCAUUUGGUGGAAGGCCAUCAGCUACCACUUUGUCCGUAGGACCCGUCAGGUCACUCGAUAUCGCAAUGGAGACGCCUACACCACCAUGCAGGUGUACCAUGAGAGGGUGAACACGCAUGUGGUCGAGGGGGAGUUUGACUUCGGCCGCUGCGGGAUGAAAGAUGUGUCACGUGACCUCAUGGGCUUGGAGGGACUUCCGGCGACUCGCCUGCGCUUCACUAAAUGUUUCAGCUUCACAGAGGCCGGGCCAGAAAACGAUUACCUCAACCAGAGAGCCAGGUUCUUCUCUGAAAUCGAGGGUUUGGACGAUUACAUGGAGGCCAGGGAGGGCAUGCAGCUGAAGAACGUGGACUUCAGAGAAAACCUGAUAGCCUAUGUGGACCCUGACCGGUUGCCUUGGUACAGCUCGCAGGUCGCCUUCUGGCUGGCAGCUCUGCUCAUGCUGUCGUGGCCUCUGAGAGUGCUGAUAGAGUACCGCACUGCCUAUGUGCACUACCGCAUAGAGAAACUAUUCGGGUUAGAGUACAGCCCGUCUCCUCUCGAUGAAGACAGGCCUAAUACUGGGUGUGUUAUUCCCAGAGUAGACACACUGGACAGCACUGAGAUGGAGUGGCACAUACGCUGUAACCGCCAGGUGAUCCCUAGCUACUCUGAGGCUAUACUGAUAAACAUGAGCACAGCCGACUCGAACUCCUUACCAGACACUGAAUGCAACUCCUCCUCAAACUGCUUCCUCCUGGAGGGCAGCCAGACUGCUCAGAGUUACGGCGCCCUGCAAAGCCAGGAGGACUGCGAGCAAUGCAGGGAGCCGACUGAAGGAGGUGAUGGAGGAGGAAGGAGGAGGUUCGUCACCAGCUCCAGCUGCUCCUCCAUCUUCUCCUGCCGGGGAGCGCUGCUACACUCCCACCUCUCCUUGGACACCUCCCGCUUCUCUCUCUGCCGCAUGUACGGCUCCCACCGCACCGUGGCUCUGUGGGGGAGCCGCAGCAGCAACCUGACGGACCCCUGCUGCGUAGAGGAGCCGUGCUGCAGGUCUGACUCCAGCCAGCUGGCCCUCAGCGACAGUCCGCCCACCUAUAGGGACGCCCGCUUCUUCCCUGUGCUCAUCGUGCAUAGGCCUGAGGGCUGUGGGGGUGAGGACGGGAGGGAAGUGAGGCGAUAUUACAUACGAAGAGGGUCGUCCUUUGUAGAGACGGAUCUGUGAAGGACACUAGGACACUUAUUGAUGAGCCAAGAUGGAUUCACAUGUUUGCUCCUUAGACAGAAUGACAUUUUUGAUUUAUGGAGCUGUUUCAAAAAAUUCCAUAUAUAAAAAAGGUUCAAGGUGAUAGUUUUGAUUGUUGGACGUAGGGUUGUACGAUUGAAUAAUUCACAUCGACAGUGUAUUAGCUACAUUAGAUGGGGUCGGCACAGAGUAGCAUCCCAAAAUGUAAGCAAUUUAGCCAACUGUUGUGUUAGGGCUAUUAUCAAAACAUAUUUAAGCCAACUAAAAUAAUCAUAUAGAAUAUUUUGUACCCCUUUACCUUUCCGGCGACUGCCCUUUUUUACAGGUACCUUUUUUAUCUUUUCUCUCUUUAAAGCCAGCAGACUAGUCUAUGCUGGCAUAGACUACAUAUAAUAUAAUAUACAUCUUUAUAUAGUAACUGUCGGUCAGUCUCUGUUAUUGGGUGACUUUAGUCAAUCUAAAUUAACCAAAGUUACACAAUAAUACAAAUUACUAACCAAUCGAGGCAGUUGUUGCCCAACAACUCCUGUGUUGUGCGAUGUAAAUGUGUUGUUUCUGUCACUUACAUUUGGUGGCCUUGAAGAGGGCAUGGACGACGGUUUCUGUUCUUCUGUUCUUCACCUGAAAGGGCAGUCAGGUUAAGCGCUGAAACUACUCAAAAUAUAUUGUUCACUUAUACUGAUAUUGAUGUUAUCAGAUGGGCCUCUGCCAUCUUCUGUAGGUAAUACACUGACUAGUACUUCAUGAAACCCCACUACAAACAAUAUAAACUAUCCUUCUAAAUAUAAACCUCUAUUUUUUAACAAAGUCACCAAAAGUUCAGAGUAUUGAACUGCACAUGUCCAUAUUAUUACAGUUAAAUGUGGAAAAGACAGGGUGUACUUGUGUAUCUAAAUCACCUCUGCAUUGUCAUACACCCUUUGUAGCAGCUACACUCUGUCUACUCACACACUACAGUGUGUAUGAUGACAAAAAUAAAAACUUGACUAAAUGGUGCACACAACACAACAUCUGAUACAUGAAAAAUGCACGACCUCUGCAUCCCACUGUUUCUUAUAUUUCUGAAAAAACACAUGAUGCAAAUCUUAACCAGUUUCUACAUUGACUAUGUUGGUGUUUUUAUAUGUGUAAGAUGUGUGCAACUUAGAGGCAUAUCUCAGACUAGAAGAAGAAAAAAGAAAAGUUGCAUGUUGUUACUAAAUGUAUUGUCCUUUUUAGUUGAUUAAUAGUGAAACCAAAGACGUGUGUUAGCAAUAAAAAAAUCUUCAAAAAUGAUUGUAUGUGCAUAAGUUUACUGCACCCUGUCAGAUUGAAGGAAGUACUUUCAAAUGCGAAAAAAUAUGAAAAUAGUAUGAUGAGUCAUCUAACAGGACAGGAUUGUGGGGGUUUAAUUCGCUUUAAUGAAAUGCAUAAUUUAUAUCACUGCAUGUGGCACGUUUUUUUAUUUUAGUUUAAAGGUUGCUUACGAAUGCACAUCCUUGUGUGUGUUCAUACUGAAGAUGAAUUGGAAGGAGUGAGCUAAGUUUCUCCUGUGAUCUUUGAUGUGAGGAGACGAUGUCAGACACUCUCAGACUCAAGUACAAAUGUACAACUACAAAGAAACACUGACAUUCAGACAAACCUUAGCUUUCCAUUGUUGUUUCUAGAUGGAGGGUUGUUGGUUUAAAUAAACCAUUUAUGAGAUCAAAAGCUUUAAAGCGUGUUGUUCGAGUGUCAUCUGGGCAACAUACAGGAUGUAAAUAAAAAAUAAGAGGGAAGAGAAGAAAUAAAACAUGUUUUUUUGAAUAACAUCUCAAAUCCCCCUUUGUCUGGUUAGGCAAGUCGUCGCCAUUCUCUGAGACCUGAAAUAUUGUUAUCUUCACGAUUUCAAAAUAUAUUAAACGUAUUUCGACAAACCGAAAAGUGAAUAUAACAAUACAUUUUCUUUUUUAGAUAUCAGGCCACCAGACCAAACUAAUUGAAUAAUGUUAUAAUAUCAUACAGUAUUAUUAAACUACUGUUUCAAAAAUAUUAAUACAAAUCCAUUAUGUUUAUAAGAUAUGAAUUGUAAUUGUUACUUUUGAUUAUCUUACAUUUGUGACUAAACAAUUAUGUCAGUCACUCAAAUAUACCCAGACAUUGGUCUGAAUAAGUCACUGACAUAUUCAUUUAUUUUGUUGGUUUAUUUGUUUGUUGUUAUAAUAAUAGUAAUCGGUAUUUUUCUUCAUUUUGUUCA